AUGUCGAAAUUGACACCUAAAGAAACAAUUCCCAUAUUGGAUAAUGGACCUAAUACAAAAGAAAGAAUAAUGAAAUUAGAGCCUCGAUGGCAUUUGAUCCUGGAGAAAGGUGCUCCUAUCAUCAGAACCUAUCUAAGUUCGAGGAUUACUUAA